CGCCGGGACAGCGCCGGGACGGCACCGGGACAGCACCGGGACACGGGGCGACACGGCCAGGACAGCGCCAUGGGGCCGCACGGCCGGCACCGCCCCUGCCUGCUGCUCCUGCUGCUGCCGCCGCUGCUGCCGCUGCCGCCCGUGCGCGCCGCCGCCGCCGCCGCCGCCGCCGCCCGGCCCAACUUCGUGCUGGUGCUGGCGGACGAUCUGGGCUUCGGGGACCUGGGCAGCUACGGGCACCCCUCGUCCGCCACGCCGCACCUGGACCGGCUGGCGGCCCGCGGGCUGCGCUUCACCGACUUCUACAGCAGCGCCGCCGUCUGCAGCCCGUCCCGGGCCGCGCUGCUGACCGGCCGGCUGCCGGUGCGCUCCGGGAUCUACCCGGGCGUGUUCGAGCCGGGCUCGCGGGGCGGGCUCCCGCUGGCCGAGGUCACGCUGGCCGAGCUGCUCAAGGCUCGGGGCUACGCCACGGCCAUGGUGGGCAAGUGGCACCUGGGCUACGGCAACAACGGCUCCUUCCUGCCCGUGCACCAGGGCUUCGAUGACUUCCUGGGGGUGCCCUACUCCCACGACCAGGGCCCGUGCCAGAACCUGACGUGCUUCCCGCCGGACACCAAGUGCUUCGGGACGUGCGAGCAGGGCGCGGUGGCCGUGCCGCUGCUGCGCGGCCGCGGGAUCGUGCAGCAGCCCGUGUCCCUGCCCGCGCUGGCGCCGCUCUACGGCCGCUUCUGCCGCGACUUCAUCGCCCGCUGCGCCCGCCUGCGCCGGCCCUUCCUGCUCUACUACGCGUCACACCACACGCACUACCCGCAGUUUGCCAGCCGGGAGUUCGCGGGCGCCACGCGCCGGGGACCCUUCGGGGACGCGCUGACCGAGUUCGACGGCGCGGUGGGACAGCUGCUGCAGGCCCUGCAGGACAACGGCCUGGAGAACUCCACGCUGGUCUUCGUCACCUCUGACAACGGCCCCUCCACCCUGCGCAUGGCACGCGGGGGCAGCGCCGGCCACCUCAGGUGUGGCAAGGGCACGACCUACGAGGGGGGCAUGAGGGAGCCCGCCCUGGCGUACUGGCCCGGCAGGAUCGCGCCAGAGCCCCCGCCGCGCCGUGUUCUUCUUCCCGCCGGCCCCCGACCCCCUGCACGGCCCCUUCGCCGUCCGCCUGGGCAAGUACAAGGCGCACUACUUCACCCAAGGUUCCUUCCACAGCGACACCACCCCGGACCAGGCGUGCCACGGGCUGACCCCGCUGACCCCGCACCUGCCCCCGCUGCUCUUCGACCUGGAGGCGGACCCCGCGGAGAACUACGACCUGCUGCAGGGCCGGCCGGGCCCCGAGGUGCUGCAGGCGCUCAAGGACAUCACCCUGCAGAAGGUGCUGCUGGAGCAGCGCCUGCAGUUCGGGGAGAGCCAGAUCGGGAAGGGCCAGGACCCCGCGCUGCAGCCCUGCUGCGCCCCCAACUGCAGCCCCAAACCUUCCUGCUGCCGCUGCUCCCCGCAGUGACGCCCCAAAGGCGCCCGGCCCCGUCCCAAAUGACCCGGCUCAGCCUCGGGGCUGCCCCACGGCUCGGGGACCCCUGGGAUUCACGGGGAGCUGCGGUGGAAGAGGAGCAGGGAGACCCCAAAAAAGCGAUGCUCCAUGAUCCGUGUGGGACGUUCCAGGGGAAGCCUUGGGCAGAAUCCUGACCCGUUCCAGGAUCCCUGGCCUGUUCCAGGAUCCCUGAUGCGUUCCAGGAUCCUGAACCAUUCCAGGAUCCUGACAGUUCCAGGAUCCCUGACCCAUUCCAGUAUCCUGACCCAUUCCAGUAUCCCUGACCUGUUCCAGGAUCCCUGACCCCUUCCAGGAUCCCUGACCAGUUCCAGGAUCCCUGAUGCGUUCCAGGAUCCCUGACCCAUUCCAGGAUCCUGACCUAUUCCAGGAUCCAUGACCCGUUCCAGGAUCCCUCAUGCGUUCCAGGAUCCCUGACCCCUUCCAGGAUCCUGACCCGUUCCCAGAUCCUGACCCAUUCCAGGAUCCCUGACCCAUUCCAGGAUCCCUGACCCGUUCCAGGAUCCCUGACCCAUUCCAGUAUCCUGAAGCAUUCCAGGAUCCCUGACCUAUUCCAGGAUCCCUAAUCCCAUUCCAGGAUCCUGACAGUUCCAGGAUCCCUGACCCGUUCCAGCAUCCCUGACCCAUUCCAGGAGGAUCACCACGCUCCAGCACCUCCCCCAGAGCCAGGACAGCUCCUGGGAUCCCUCUGGAGCAGAGGGAACGUCCCGGAUCCAGGGAUCCCAGCUGGCACCGAGGGCACAGCAGGGCGAGUGGCACGGGGGGGCUCAGAGACACGAGCUGGUGGCAGAGGGGACAGCCGCGGGUGGCAGCAGCAGCUCAGGGUGGCACCUCCAGCACCUCCCCAGGGCUCCGGGGUGGCAGCUCCAGCUGUGCCCGUUCCCGUCCCUCUCAAGGGCUUUUCCCGGCGCCGGCACAGCUGAGGCUCUGCCGGGGGAGCCUGGCCUGGAGAAGUUUCUCCCUCUCUCCACCUCCAGGCCCAUCCUCCCCUCCCCGGCUGUGCCGCCAAACCAGUCCCAAGCCCGCCCUUCUCCCCCAGAUUGUGCCAGCCUUGUUUUCCCCAGGAGAGCAAAAAUGUGGAUAAGGGGUGUGUGAUUUUGGCCACGGGGAUCAUUUUUUUUGCAGCAGCUGGGAGUGGGGCAUGUCCAGGACCCAGGGCAACGACACUGGCACUGUGCCCCCCUCUCACUUCCAUGGACAAGGGCAUUAUUUCCGGGAUAAAACACGGUGGGGUGUUCUCAGAGGGUUUCCAUGUAAAUCACUGCUUUGUCUUACACCUUUUCUAAUUAACAUUGCUGCAAAUAAUUGUCUGAUUCCUCAUCUCGUGGCUGUGUGCAGUAAAUUGUUUCUAACCCCUGA